AUGAGAGAUGCUAUAGAGAAAUUUGAAGGAACUGUAGAUUCAUUAACAACUGAGGUUAACUUGCUUUGUGCACUGGAGCAAGUUCAAGAUAACAUAAACAAUAUCAAUGCAGAAAUUACUGAGCAGCAGAAUAAUGCUAAAUCUUCUCUUCAGUCAGGUUCUAAGGUUCAGGCACUCUCAUGUUUAAGGAAGAAAAGGACGCUUGAAAAAUCACUUUCAAAACAAUUAGGAGCCUUGGAGAAUGUUUCAAAUUGUCUUCAGCAACUACAAGAAACAAGGAUUAAUAAGUGCAACGGCAUAAAUGCCAACAGACAAAUACUCCAUGCCUUCAAGACAGGUGUGCAAGCAAUUCGUGAAUCUAUUGCAUAUGAUUUAUCAGCUGAAGGUGUUGCUAAUACAAUGGAUGAACUACAAGAAGUGCUUGAGGAAUGUAAGGACAUAAAUUCACUACUCAACACUGGUGUUAUGGAAGAGGAUGUAGAUGAUACUUCUUUGCAAGAAGAACUGGAACAACUAAUGUCAACAGAUCAGAAAUCUGUAACCCAUCAUGAGGAACUGACAAAGAGCAUGUCAGGUCUCACGCUUCCUGAUGUGCCCCAAAGCAACCCGCUGUCAUCUCUGAAUACUCAACCAAGUUCCCCAACUCUUAAAGCUACCCCAUGA